CAGCUACUUUCACUAGUUAGUCUUUUCUACACACAAUUCAACCAUGGAACGCUACGUAGGUAAAGUUGCUGUGGUGACCGGCGCAAGCGCAGGAAUCGGUGAGGCUAUCGUUGAUAGUCUGACCAAAGCUGGCAUGUUGGUUGUUGGUUUGGCUCGUCGUGUUGAACGUGUGCAGACCCUCGCUCAAAAACUUGCCAAGGAAGGUGCCAAAGGUAAACUCCAUGCGCUGCAAUGCGACAUGCGUGUUGAGAGUGACAUUGUCAAGGCCUUCGAAUGGACCACCAAGAACGUCGGAAACAUCCAAGUACUUGUAAACAACGCCGGAGUUGUUUCUAAAUCUAACCUUACUGAAGGUGCAACAGAAGAUUGGCGUAUGAUUCUGGAGACCAAUGUGCUUGGUCUGUGCAUUGCCACCAGGGAAGCUUCCAAAAUUAUGAAAGCGAACAAAACUGAAGGACACAUUAUUCACAUCAAUAGUAUUGCGGGGCAUUACCACCAAUAUUUCCCAACUAUUGGAGUGUAUGGUGCUUCAAAACACGCAGUCACUAAUCUUACCGAGAUUUUAAGGCAGGAAAUGGUUGCGCAAAAAACUAACAUUAAGGUCACCAGUAUUAGUCCUGGAUUUGUCCGAACUGAAAUCAUCAAUAUGGCUGAAAUGACUGAGGAAAUGAAUAAGUUCUUUACUGAAGCGCCUGCAUUGGAAAGUCAGGAUAUUGCUGAUGGUGUGUUGUAUGUUUUGGGUGUACCUCAUAGAGUACAAGUUAACGAACUUACUAUUCGUGCGCUUAAUGCCGAUACUGUUUAAGUAUAAUAUUUAAUAUUUGUUAAUAAAAUCAAUUAAGAAUCAAA